AUGAACCGUCCACCCGCGGACACAGAUGUGAUGGAAAUCCUGUGGGUUUUCACUGCGUCCGUCUGCUUACACCGGACUUUCUGUCGGUCGGUGACCCAGUCCCCGACGAUAGUGAACAGGAAGGAGUGUCAGUCUCUCACCAUCAAAUGCCGUUUUCAGAGCGGUUUGGCAGAUAAAUUUCAGACUGGUCAUUUCUUCAAACAGACCCAGCCCGGAGCAGAGUGGCAGCGGCUCUCUGGGGGGGGACGAUUUGUUACGUCGACGAAUAAAGCAGAAAUGACUUUCACGCUUGAAAUUCGGAAUCUGAGAGUUGCAGACAGCAGCACCUAUUAUUGUCAGGCUGAGUACACGUGGAAAACACAGUGGGGUAUUUACUAUAUGUAUGGAACUGGGUCUACGGUGACUGUCACAUCUGGUUCAAUUUCCUCGCAGUCCCAGAGAUUACAAUAUUAUGCCGGUGACACCGUCACCUUAAACUGCGAAUAUUCCGGAUUCUGUCCGUACACAGUACAUUGGUAUCUGCAAUUACCAGGACAUGCUCCGAAAUUCCUGUUCCAGAGACACACUUCAGGAGAGCAAGAUAAGGAAAACGUGCCCGGAGGACGGAUUUCUGGUUCUCUCGAUUCCAGCGAGAAACUCAGCCGGUUAACGAUCUCCAAAGUGCAAGUGAACGACUCGGCUGUGUAUCACUGUGCAUUGAGCCCUCGUCCCGCACUGCACAGUCAUACAGAGUACGGAGAGAGCCGCACAAAAACCUCAGCGUUGUGGAUUACAAACACACAGCACUGCAGAGCGUGGAGAGCUGUUCAAAUCCCAGGUGAGUUCGAGUACAGACACCCGACGAAAUAG